CUGCAUGCGCAGAGAAUAGGCGGAGACACAGGGAAAGACCACAGCAACCACCACUGCCCUUCUUUCAUUCUAACUCACUAGAUAUAUCUUAGGUUUUUUCUCAUGUGGUAUCAAAGGACGCGCUGGCGGAAGCGCCAGCCACAUGAUCUAGGCUGAAUUUUUGUGACAUUUAAUGCGCGCGUGUUGUUUUUACCAUGCGAUCGAGGAUGCGUGAAAGAACGCAACCCAGCCCUGUUUUUUUGAAUGCGAUUGAACGGAAUCACACAUUUUUGGAUGAAGAUGAAAUCGGCACGGUCUAAAUGUUGGUUUCAUCUGGAUUGUUGUGCGGAUAACCCGAAUCGAUGAAGCGAGUGAAAGCGGCACCAUGCUGCCUAGGUGAUUGAUCGCAGUGCCCAAUGAAAACAAGGAGGAGCACAGCUUCGAUACGAUGGCUGAGGAGAAUAACCUGAAGACUGCUAGAUUAUGGAGGGAUGCUGCUUUGCGCUCCAGGAAGCUGAGGAGCAACCUGCGACAGCUGACUCUCAGCACCAAAAACAGCCAGAAAAUUACAUUACCUGAGGACAUAAAGGAGAUUGAGGUCCUCAAUUUGGGCAACAACUCACUUCAAGAGCUUCCAGAUGGACUAGGUUCAACCCUCACCGGGCUCCGCAUCCUUGUCCUUCGCAGGAACAACUUUGCCACCGUUCCCUCUGCAGUAUUUCAACUUAGUCAGCUGGUUGAGUUAGAUAUCAGUCAUAACUGCUUGAACCACUUUUCAGAAGAUAUUGAUCUUCUCAGGGGGCUUAAAAAGUUAUGCAUCAGUCAUAACAAAAUCCAAUAUUUGCCAUCUCAGAUUGGGACAUUGCAAAGUCUGGAGGAGCUUGACAUCAGCUUUAAUGAGCUGCAUGAUUUCCCCAGGUCCUUUUCACAGCUCAGGAAGCUCCGAACACUUGAUGUGGAUCAUAACAAGCUGGAGCAUUUCCCCUCUGAAAUCCUUGCCCUCUGUGAUCUGGAGGAGCUUGACUGCUCUGGGAACAAACUAGAGGGUCUUCCGGGUAACAUCAUGAUGCUCCAAUCCAUUAAAAUUUUGUGGCUCAGCAGCACCCACCUGUCAUUCUUGCCUGAAACAUUUUGUGAGCUGCAGAACUUGGAGAGCCUGAUGCUCGAUAAUAAUUUUCUCACAAAUCUGCCACAAUCGUUUGGGAAACUGCAGAAGCUGAAAAUGCUCAAUCUCUCCUCAAAUUUAUUUGAAGGUUUUCCUCAGGUUAUUAUCAAACUCACCAGUUUGGAGGAGUUGUAUUUAAGCCGGAAUAAACUGCCGUUCCUCCCUGAGGAGGUAGGACAGCUGUGCAAUCUUGCUAAUUUGUGGUUGGACAAUAAUAGCAUAACAUUUCUCCCAGACUCUAUUGUAGACCUUGGGAAAUUGGAGGAGCUGGUUUUACAGGGUAACCAAAUCGCCAUACUCCCAGACAAUUUUGGAAAACUUGCCAAAGUCAACAUUUGGAAGGUGAAAGAUAAUCCUCUCAUUCAGCCUCCAUAUGAAGUGUGCAUGAAGGGGAUCCCCUACAUAGCUGCCUAUCAGAAGGAGCUUGCACACUCCCAAUCUGCUGUAAAACCCAGACUUAAACUGGUUUUGAUGGGCCAGAGAAAUGCAGGGAAAACCACACUCAGGCAGUGCAUCGUCAACAAACCGUCAGACGCCAAGAUGGCGAUUGGAUGUAGGGGUAUUGAUGUGACGAACUGGGUAGCGGAUGCAGAACGCAGUCUAACGUUCAUUGUAUACGAUUUAUCUGGGAAGCAGAACUAUGAUCUUAUCAAACCCUUUUUCCUCUCUCCCGGAGCUCUGUACGUUUUGGUGGUGAAUCUAAAAUUAUAUACAUCAAAGAGCUUCUACUCCCAUGUAGGCAGUUUCCUCCACUUGCUCAGUGCCAAGGUGCCACAUGCAGUUGUUUGCAUUGUAGGGACCCACAGCGACUUGUGUGAGGAAGUCGACAUUGAAGAAAAGUGCCUGGAUAUUCACAGACAGAUUUCGCUCCAGGAAAAAACAGACACUGAAUGCCUACAUGUGUUUGCCCUGCAGGUUGACGAAGCCCUUGAGCUAGGUUACGAAGUUCGGACUUCUAGCCCCCAUGUUCUCUUUUACGGGGUCACAGAUAAAAACUUGAGGCGUAAAAAGUCCCAGUUGCAAUAUAUGCUCAACAAUCGACUACAAAUCCUUUCUCCGGUGAUAUGUGUCAGCUGCGUGGAGGUCCAGAGAAACAUUCAGCAUUUGAAAGAGAAGCUCAUGUCUGUAGCCGAUCACAGGGAGAUUUUCCCCAAUCUUCACAGAGUCCUGCCAAAGUCAUGGCAGAUGCUUGAGGAACUGCAUUUUAAGCCACAGGAUUUAUGGCUUUCCUGGUGGGAUUCAGCCCGGUUGGGCCUUCAGGCUGGGCUGACUGAGGACCGUUUGCAAAGCGCGCUCUCUUACCUACACGAGAGCGGUAAACUUUUGUACUUUGAAGACAGCAUGACGUUAAAGGAAUACGUCUUCCACAAUCUACCCCGGUUCAUCGCCAUCUUGAAUGUGUUUUUCCAGAGGGACCUCGCUUUAAUGCUUGAGAAACUACAGGCUGAAGGAGAUGAUGGAGAUAACACCAGUUCUGCGCAGAUGCAUGGUCAUGUGGAGGGUUUUCUGUUGCACGGCCUGCUGCCUUCAAACGUCAUUCGCUUGCUUCUUAAACCUCUGGUACAGACACAGCAGGACUUGCACCUGAUCAUGGAACUGCUGGAAAAAAUGGGCGUCUGCUACUGUGUCAACAAACCUCGCAGCAAGCCGCUUAAUGGGGCCACCGUCUGGUAUAAGUUUCCCAGUCAAGUCAGCAGCGAGGAGCCGCAUCUUGAGGCCUCGGCCAGUGGGGGCUCAUCGGUCCCUGGUCAGUUCUUCUCAGUCGAGCAGCUGCAGAUUGAAUACAGAUUUCCUUUCCUCACCCCUCUUGGACUUUUUGCACGGUAUAGUGUGCAAAUCAACAGCCACGUGGUGCAGCGGUCCGAUGGAAAGGAUCACAUCUUUGCCUAUCGGGGGAAAGUGCCUGUGACGGUGAGUUACCGGUCCUCUCGCAGCAGAUUGCAGCCUGAGAUCCUCUCCAUCUCUAGCCAUGCAUCCUUGCCAAAUAUCUGGACAGCUUGGCAAGCCAUCAUCCCCCUAGUGGAAGAGUUAAACGUUCUUCUGCAGGAAUGGCCUGGCCUUCACUACUCUGUGCAUAUCCUGUGUUCCAAGUGCCUGAAGAGAGGGUCCCCCCAUCCACAUUCCUUUCCAGGUGAGCUGUUAAGUCAGCCCCGGCCUGAGGGACUUACUGAGAUCAUCUGCCCCAAGAACGGCUCGGAGCGGGUCAACGUGGCACUAGUUUACCCUCCAACCCCGACUGUGGUCAGCCCCAGUCAUAAAUGACGCUGACUUCACCUGCACUUACCUGCCAGUGAAUGGCUUCCACAGACCGCUGCACCUCUUUCCCCAACAUCUUACAUGCACACGUGUACACACACAGAAGUAUAUGUGUUUGUGUGUGCUAAAGCGUACAACCACUUUCCUGUUGCCUCUACCUUUUCAUUCCUCAUCCGAGGGAGAUGAUGGACCACUGGAUACCCGACAAGUACAAAGAAGGUUUAUAAUGGAAGCUUGUCAUGGGGAGAUCAUCAUAUCAGGACAUAAUUACAGGUGUUCAGCUCUGACUGCCAACACACGAUGAACUGAAAGUAUUAGAAACUUUUGCACUGACAUCCUGUUUUUGUCUAUGUACACCUAAAGCAUUUUCAAUCACCCUGAGCCUUCUUUGACGCUUUGAGCUUUUCAGUUCAAUCCGAGAUGAGCCGUUCCUCUGCAAGUUCUUGGACAUUCCCAGUUGUUGCAUCUCUUGGACUGAACCCACAUCUUGUGCUGCUGCAGGUGGUUCAGCUGACAGAAUAUGGAAGAGAAUGGACUUGGUUCUCCUCAGACACUAGACAGACAUUAAUUAGUGAGGUUAGAUUGACGCUUUAAGUGAUAUUGUACUUUAAAUGCAUGCAUUUGAAAUACUAAAAGGAUUAUAAAAUAACAUAUGCACUAGCGCAAGCCUCUUGAGAGCUUUGGUCGUAUUGAACAUGAGAGACAGAAUUGUUGUGAAAUAAUUCUUCAGGAUCUAUUUAUUGGUUUUCUGCUCAAUACACAUUGCUUAUUUUGUGUGGAGAAGAUGAGACCGUUCAAAGGUUUUUAGUGAUGCGUGCAGCCAAAGAUGUAAAAAUGUUUCCCUGAACCACUGACACAAAAGAAUCCAUCCAAUCAAUCCAUCCAUCCAUCCACACUUCAGUGCAUAUGCAGCUAAGCAUACUCCAUAGCAUGAGGAUAUUAUUUUCAAGCAUAUAAUAAGCAAGUAUCAGCCAUCUGGAAGAUUUUCAUGAUUGUCUCUUUGUUUCUUGCAUGUUCAAACUUAGCUAUAAGAUCCAGUUUUGGAUACAUAUGGUUUGAAAUACUGAUGUACAGUCACAGAGGUACAGAAAUGGUACAAGUACAAUAAUUCAGCCAAGGAUGUAUUUUCACGCUUGAAGAAUAUUGUGAAAGCAUAUCUGCUUACCUGUAAGGUUAUUUGAUAUAUAUUUAAUUCACAGAUUGUAAAAGCAGUGUCAAACUGUACAUAUUUAUCUAAUAAGUGCACAUUACCUAGAACAAAUAAGCAAGCCGUUUUUAUAAGAAUUGAUUCUUCUUUAGAAACUACUGUGUAUUGUUUCAUUUUUUUAGGAGAGAAUCUGCAAUACGUGUAAUGUUUUGUGAACAGUUGAUAAAAUUUUGUACAUAAUAUUUUAUUUUUGUAAGCUAAUAAGCUGUCACCAGUAGGCCUAUCUCACUUUAUUUACUGUGCAUUGUGCAUGGCUACUGUGCUCAAUGUAAAAGCCACAAACUGUUUUCUAAAUUAUAAAAAAUGUAUUCUUUCUCAUUGUAGGACCACAAAAAAACACCAAAUAUAAAGGCUGGUUCCACAUAGCCUACAGGA